CCGCAAGCGCUCUCACUUUGCGCGCCAAAAUAAUCCUGUCAGUGUCGAGUCCUCGCGCUCACGGAAUGCUCACAUCUCUCGCGCCCUUAGUGGAUACGCCAUUCAAUCUCUCUCUCUCUCUCUCUCUCUCUCUCUCUCUCUCUCUCUCUCUCUCACUCUCUCUCUCUGACAGAGCCGAGCUGAUUACAGGAUUUCCUUCUGACUGACUAAAAUCACGUUCCAGCAGUUAAAAUUCGUUCGAAACCAUGGAUCUGAUAAACUGCUCCUCGGUGGAUGACGUGGAGCCUGGAAUCAGUGGCAGUAAAAUUGUCCUCUGCCUGCUGCUCUCUGUCCUAGCUGUGGCCACCACGGUCAUCAAUUCCAUGGUGAUAACAGCCAUUCUGGUCACUCGCAAGCUCCAUCAGCCAGCUAAUUAUCUGAUUUGCUCGUUGGCCGUCACUGAUCUUCUGGUGGCCGCGUUGGUAAUGCCAAUCAGCAUUGUGUACAUAGCGGAAGAGAUGUGGGUGCUGGGGCCAGCCAUGUGCCACCUAUGGCUGGGUGUGGACGUUACCUGCUGCACCUGCUCCAUCCUUCACCUGGCAGCCAUUGCCCACGAUCGCUAUCGUGCCAUCACCGAUGCUGUGGCGUACUCGCAAAAACGCACAUCUCAGAGAGCAGCCGUGACCAUCGUGGUGGUCUGGGUGCUUUCUGUACUUGUCUCGCUCCCCCCUCUCAUGUGGAGGAAGAUGCCUGUAGAGGAACAUGGAAUGAUGGAGUGCUUGAUGGAGCAUGACCAUGUUGCCUUUACCGUCUACUCGACCUUCGGCGCCUUUUACAUCCCGCUCAUCCUCAUACUGGUGCUCUAUUACAAAAUCUACCGGGCAGCACAGACGCUGCGCAACCGGCGAGGCAGUAGCCGACUGGUGAAGCAGUCAGUCAAUAGUGUCAUGGUGAGUUCAGACCGGGAAGCUCCUCCGCUCAGUCCGGACACACUCAGCCCCACCGAGAAGUCUUUUUCGGAGCCGUCAACAGAUGGAGAACGCGUCAAGAUCACACCCACCACAGGCAAGGUUUUCAAGAACCGAAGGAAUCCAGGCGCCAGGGAGAGACGAGCGGCCCUCACUCUCGGCCUCAUCCUCGGGGCCUUUGUCAUCUGCUGGCUGCCUUUCUUUCUCAAAGAGGUCAUCGUGAACACGUGCCCUUCUUGCAGUACUUCAGCUCUGCUUGCGGACUUCCUUACCUGGCUUGGCUAUCUGAAUUCACUCAUCAACCCGCUUAUAUACACCAUAUUCAACGAGGACUUUAAAAAAGCCUUUCAGAAACUCAUCCCUUUGUGUUGUACACAGUACCGAUGAACUCUGAUGACAACAGAUGCUUUGGAAGGAAGGAUAUAUCGCAUUGAGGCUUGCAGGAGCAAUGCUUUGAAAGUUCUAUUCUGGAGACUGUUGGGAAGGGGAACAGACUUUGCGCAGUUAAAAACAACGUUAAGUCAUUUGUUCAUAGCAGUAGUUGGACUACCUUAGAACCCAAAACAGCAGAAAUCUUUUUUGGAGCUUUGAACAAAACAUUUGAUGGAAAUGUAAAAUUGCAACUGUUGCUUUAAGACUUCAGUGACUGAAGAUAAUGGAUGCCACAAGUGUUACAGUAUACAGAAGAGGCACCAAAAAGACCUUAAUG